AUGGAUUUAAAUAAAAAAGAUAAAGAAAAAGAAAAAAAAGAUAAGGAUAAAGAAUUAAAAAAAGAGAAAAAAGAAAAGAAAAAAGAAAAAAAGGACAAAGAGAAGAAAAAAGAUAAAGAUAAAGAUGACAAAGGUGGAUUGUUUAGUAUUGUAGGCGGAUUAAUUGGUGGUCUUACUGAUUCACAACAACCUUCACAACCACCAAAUCAUUCAACCACAGUAUCGGCUCAGUCAACUACCCAAGCCAAAGAGGAAUUAAGUAAACCGGUUAUACAAGAGAAUCAUAAAAAGGCGAUGGACUUUUGGAUUAAUAAUACAGCUACAUCAACAUCUACUAUUACAACUUCAGCAAGUUCUCAUCCGACAAUUGUAACAACAACACCAACACCUGUAAAUAAUAAUAGUAAUAAUAGUAAAACUACCAAUAGUAAUAGUGGUAGUAAUGUAAAAUUAAAUACAUCAUUAGAAAACGGCGGUAAUAAUGAUAGUAAAAAAGAUCUCAGUAAUGAACACUCACCAAAAAAUAGAAAAGAAGAUAAUAAAGAUAAUAGUAGCAAUAAAGAUAAUAAUAUAGUCGAAACACCAGCAGAUGAAAAUCGUAAAAAAUUAGUAGAAUCACUUAUGAAAUCUCUUUGUAGUUUUAGUGAAUCAAUUAAAAUCAUUUUAGAUUUAUUUUAUACACCACUAAAGAAAUCCGAACUCUUGUCCCACGAAGAGCUCAAAGGUAUAUUCUCAGUAAUCGAAAUGAUAGGAGGUUUUAAACAGGCAAUCUUAGAAGAUUUUAAAAAAUAUUUAAGUAAUUGGAAUAGUGCAAACCAAGCAGCAUUGUAUUCAACUUUUUCUCAAUUUGUUGGAUACUUAAAACUAUACCAAGUUUAUGCUUUACAAUAUAAUUAUAGUUUAAGUAGUUUAAGUUUAUUAAUGUUUGAUAAUCAAAAGUUUGAAACAUUUAUAAAGAAUGCCGAAUCCAAAUUAGCAAAUUUACAAUAUACUUUGGCACCUAUCGUCACAGUUUCUUCAUCAUCAGCCACUGUUAAGCCUGUAUCACUUGCCGAGAUUUUAGGGCCACAAUAUGAUCAGUCAGCAGCACAAAAUAAUAAUAAUGGCACACAACCAGCAUUCACCCAAGUUAGUUUAAGAAGAACUGGAAACUCAACAUUUCUUACUAGUACAGGUGGUUCUAACUCUGCAUCCGGAAAAUUCACUCAAGAGUAUAAUUAUAGCAAUUUAGCAUCUCUUUUAAUAUUGCCAAUUCACUUUUUAGCAAGAUUCCACCAUUUCUUCAAAACUAUUAUGGAUUCUCUACCUGUUCUUCAUCCUGAUUAUAAACCAUACAAUCUUUUAUAUAAGAAAAUUACUGCAGUAGUCAAAGACAUCGUUACUGAAUCGGUCAACAUUAAUAAAGUAAUUUCAAUUUCAAAAUCAAUUAAAUCACCAACCAUUGGUUUAUUUAAUAGUACCGAUAUUGUCCAAAAUAGAAAGUUUUUAAAAGAAGGAAUUUUAAUCGAACAAUUUAAUAAUCAAAGAGUUUCAUAUUAUACAUUUUUAUUUUCAGAUUUAAUAUUAUUCACAGAAAAGAUUGAAGAUGGCUCAACUAUAACAUCAACAACACUAAUGCCAUAUGAGGGAUCAUUUUAUUUAUUAAAGAAAUUAGAGAGAAUAUCAAAUAUCCAAGUGGAUGAUCCAGAGUUAGGGUUUGAAUAUAGAAAAGGUUUUCAAAUUAAAACUAAAGAUAGUUCAAUAUUUUAUAUGACUGCUUCUGAAAAAGAGAAAUCGAAUUGGUUCCAAAUUUUAUCACAAGCUACAUUGAACUCUAACAAGUCAAAAUCAAAUAAUUCAAAUCCAUAUUCAAAUAUUGGUUUAUCUAGACAAUCAAUCUCUAAUAUUGAAAUCGAUUUAAAUAAUGAUGACUCAAAAGAUGACGACGAUGAUCCAAAAGAUAUUGCUUCUUUUUGUAAAAUGAUCACUAGUGGCCAAAGACCAAGAGUAGAGUUAAACGCAUCUCUUUUAAAACUAUCUGAUCCAAAACCUUUAUUUGCCGCUUUAGCUUCGACCCAUUUCGUCAACCAUCUUGUUUUUUCACCAUCAACUAUGUCCGAUAAAUAUAUGCAAAUGACUCUUAGUAUGAUGUCAUUGAACAAAUCAAUCACCCAUUUAACAUUAUCUCAAAAUUCAAUAAACGAUUCUUGUGCCAUUGCUUUAGGUGAUAUGUUAAGAUACAAUCAUUCAUUGAUUCAAAUGGAUCUCAGCGAAAAUCAAAUUGGUGAUAAAGGUUUAGCCGCUUUAAUCGAUGGUAUCCUCUCACAUCCAUCAAUUACUGUAGUCAUUUUAAGUCAAAAUCAAAUUACUGAUGUUGGUGCUAAACAUAUUCCAAAGCUUUUGAAAUUUAAUCAAACUUUAAAUGCUUUGUUUUUAGAAGAUAAUAAUAUUUCAAAUCAAAUGGCAUCAGAAAUUUUAGAUCAAUGGAUUUCAAAUCAUACUACCGUUUUAACUAGAAUCAUAUUACCAUCAAUCCCAAAUGAUUAUAAUGAAAAAAUUAAAACAAAGGCAAUUUCAAUUGCAAAUCGUUUGGAUAAAAAGAAAAAACAAAUUAAUACAAGUUCCACAAGUAGUUCAAAUAUUAAAUCGCAAGCUACAAGCAAUAUAAACAAUUCACUAAUUGCACCAGGCAAAGGAAUUUUAGAUAUUGGUUCGUUUGAUUAUUCAGAAAUAUCAUUGCAAUUAUUAAAUAAGAUUAAUAUGAUGAUGACUGAUAGUAGACGUCUUAGCGAUUUAAAAGAAUUGUUUUUGGAUCACAACUGUAUUAGUAAUAUACCAGUAACCAUUUUAAGAGAAUUAAAAAAUUUACAAUUAUUAGAUUUAUCAAAUAAUCAAUUAUCAUCUUUACCAGCUGAAAUUUGCGAACUCAAAGAAUUGGUCAAAUUAAAUGUAUCCCACAACAAUCUUGCAUCUUUACCAUUGGAAAUUGGUCAACUAAUAAAGUUAACUCAUCUUGAUAUCAGUUUUAAUUUUAUUGAAGCCAUCAAUGUAAAUAGUUUAUCUCAACUCGUAAAUCUUAAAGUUUUGAUGAUGCAACGUAAUUAUUUCAAUCGUUUACCAAUUUCAAUUUUCCAAAAAUUAAAUUUAUUAGAAUCAUUUUCAAUCAAUGGCUCACCUUGUUUCCAUCCAAUCAAACAGCGUAUCUAUGAAUCAAUUGCUAUUAGAUCAACCCGUUUGGAUUUAUCCGAUUCUGGUUUAUCCUAUUUACCAAUUGAAAUUGGCUCCAUUCAAACUUUAACCGAACUGGAUUUAUCAAAUAAUCGUAUUAAGGAUUUACCUCCACAAAUUGGUAAACUUUCAAAUCUUUCUAUUUUAAAUUUAACCAACAAUCAACUCGAAUAUUUACCAUGGCAACUAUCACAAUUAACAAAACUAAAGCUUUUAAAUAUCACUGGUAAUCAAAUUUCAUUUGAUAACUCUGGAAAAAUUACUAUUCCAGAUGUUCUAAGCGGCGAAGGUCUUACUGGUCUUUUAAAAUACUUAAAGCUAUCUUCCACCAAAGAAAAACCAUGUAUGCGUAUGAAAUUAAUGUUGGUCGGCCAAGAGAAUGUAGGUAAAACAAGUAUUGCAAAAUGUUUGAAAAAAGAAAUCAUUCCAGUAAGCAAGAAAUUAAGACAAACCAUUGGUUUAGGAACUAAAAAGAAUAAAACUCCAACCCUAAUGGAACAAUCAAGUUCCAUAGAUUUCAAUGCCCCUCAAAAUAUUAAUCCAUUAAAUACUUCAUUAAAUAUUAGUACUGAUGGUAUUAAUAUGGAUGAUUGGAGACCUCCAUCUGAAGAUCAAUCACCUGCAGUAACAUUUUCAAUUUGGGAUUUUGCUGGUCAAGAGGUAUAUUAUUCAACUCAUCAAUUCUUUAUUAGUAGCCGUUCAGUUUUUAUUGUGGUAUUUGAUAUGUCUGUUUACAAUCCUGAUGAAGUAUCCCGUGUUCCCUAUUGGCUUCAAUGUAUUGAAGCAUUUGGUGGUGAUUCCUCAGUUAUUCUAGUCGGUACUCAUUUAGACGAGUUACCAAAUGGUGUUGAUAUUAAUCAAAUUACUCAAGAAAUUCACAACAAAUACUUUACCAAAUUCCCAAAUUUAAAACUCUUCCUUCCUGUCAGUUGUAAAUCUGGAAAGAAUAUUAAUAAGCUUCAAAAUCAUAUUGUAAAGCUUGGUAAGCUUGAAAAGAAAUUAGGUGAAGUCUAUAAUAGAUCAUUUUUCCAACUAGAAUCAUUAAUAUUAAGCGAAAGGGAAAUGAAUACACCACCAAUUAUUACAUUUGAUGAAUUCUCUGAUAUGGCUCAAAGUUGUGGUAUUCCAGCUACAGCAGUUAAUAAAGCAGCAGAUUUCCUCAAAGAAUUAGGUAUAAUAGUGUACUUUGAUGAUGUCAAGAGUGGACUUGAUCAAUUUAUUUUCAUUGACCCUCCCUGGUUAACACGUUUAAUGGCCACUAUUAUCACAAGUAAACCAAACUUUGUUCAAUCUGGUGUUUUAGAUCAAUCCAAUUUACACCAAAUUUGGAAGCCACCAGAUUUCCCACAACAUCUUCACCAUGUAUUAUUGGCUAUUUUACAAAAGUUUGAAAUUGUGCAUCCAUUACCAGAUAAGAAUAACAACAGCUCUAAUAUUAAAUCAAAUGUGCCCAGUAAAUCAUCAGCGGUAACCGAGGCUAAAAAAGCAUUUAAUAAUAAAUCUACCAAUCAAUCAUCAACUACAUUAUUAAAUGGUGUUUCAAGAUUUGGAAAUGGUUCAAUUUCUAAAGGUUCAUCAUUAAAUCUAGUUAAAAAAUUGAACGAAGCUGGUUUGAAUGUUUCAACAGUUUCUUCUUCAACAGCUACAACCACAACAAACUCAUUAUCGAUUUCGAAUGAGAAUAAUUUAGUUCCAAAAGCUAGUACCAAACAUUUAGUACCAAUUUUAUUAAGCGAAGAGAGACCAAAUUCAAUCGAAAAAGUUAUGGAUCAUAUUAUUAAUAAAGAACAAAACUUUUUAGAAAGAAUUUAUCAAUUUGAAUUUUUACCAGUUGGUUUCUUUUCCAAAUUAAUGAUUAGAACCAUGCAUUUCACCACCGUUAAAGAGUAUUGGAAGAAUGGUUUAUUAGUCGAAAGGGAUGGCUCAACAUGUUUAAUAGAAUCAAUUCAUAGCUAUAGUCAAAUUAAUCUUAAAGCUUGGGGUACUAAUCCUUCAAAUGUACUUCGUUUCAUUAUAGAAACAGCCGAGCUCUUAAUCUCUGGUUGGUACAAAUUACAAUUCCACUUUUUAGUACCAUGUAACUGUUUGAAUUGUAUAUCUAUUCUUGGUUUUAGUACAGGUAAUUCAAGUGGCGUAGUAAAUGGUAUGAUGGGUGGUGGUCCAACUUUAAAUACUAGCAAUAGCAGCAAUAGUUUGUCAAGUAACUCAUCAACUUUGUCUUUAAAUUCGAAUAUAUCAAACACCUCAUCGGUAUCAUCUGCCUCAUCAACUCCAUCUGUUUUAUCACCACCAUUAACAAAUUCAUUAGAUUCUGCAGAAGCUUCAGGUGAUUCACUCGAUUUAGAUUUUUCAGAUUAUUACGAGGGUGAUGUAUCACCAGGAGGAACAUUAAAAUCAAAGAGAAAGAAGAAUCAAAAUAAAUUCCUUACACUCUAUAGAAAUAAUAAAACCAAUAGCAGUGGCAGUAAACAAAAUCAACAACAACCAAUCGAUUUAACCAAAGUUUCCAAUAUGAUCAAUCAACAACUAACAUUUGGCCCAGUAUUCAAAUCACAUGAUUUACGUACAAUGUUUUUAUAUGAAGAUAUUGAACGUACCUUCCUUUCAAAGAAAUUUGAAAUGAUUUGCAAGAGUAACAUUACCGGAGAGGAAACUAUUGUUCGUUUAGAUUCAUUAGUACCAGAAUUAUUAAUGUCUGAUAUUGGACCAAAUUUCACAUUAGAAUAUAAAGACUUGGAAAUUAUUGAACAAGUAGGUGAAGGUGGUUUUGGUAUCGUACACAAAGGUAAAUUACGUGGUGAGCUAGUUGCCAUCAAACAAAUUGCAAUGAAUGGUAAUAACCAAGCAGCUGCCGAAGAAAUUUAUCGUGAGUUUAGAAGAGAAGUUUGGUUAUCAAAUAUCCUUACCCAUCCAAGUAUUGUAUCUCUUAAAGGUUAUUGUUUAGAUCCAUGUUGUAUUGUAAUGGAAUAUAUCCCAAAUGGUACACUCUAUAGUUAUCUCCACAAAGCUUCAGCUGAAAAACCAAUUGGCUGGCCACUCAAGCUAAAGAUUUCAAUUAAUAUUGCUGAUGCCAUCAAACAUAUGCAUAAUUUCACUCCAAAGAUUUGUCAUCGUGAUUUAAAGUCUCCAAAUAUUCUUAUGCUUUCCGAUAUGAAUGCUAAUGUAGUCUGUAAAGUCAGCGAUUUCGGUGAAACUAGAGCUGUAGUAACUAGCGCCCUCGGUCGUGAUAAAUUAUCAAAUCCAAUUUGGUUAUCACCAGAGAUCAUGAGAGGCGAAGAGUACACCGAAAAGGCUGAUGUUUACAGCUUUGGUAUUGUACUUUGGGAAAUUUUAACUGGCCAGUUACCAUUUGAUGAAUACCCGGUUGCUCACUCUUCAUUCAUGUACCAAUUAGAAGAUGAAAUUAUGAAUGGUUUAAGACCAUCUAUCCCAGCAGGUUCGAAUGCAGAUUAUGUUCAACUAAUCAAAGAUUGUUGGCAAAAUGAUCCUUUAUUAAGACCAACAUUCCCAGAUAUUCACUUAAGAUUAUGUCAAAUGGCUGGUAUAACUCCAACUAUAACUACUACUCCACCUCCUACCAAUUCACCACAGUUAACAAAUAAUAAUAAUAAUGCCAAUAUUAUUCAAAAUGGUACAGGUUCAUUUAAAAGAACCAAUUCAAUUGUUCAGAGACCAAGCGUAUCAUCAAUAUUCAAUAACACUAGUAGUAAUGUAAACCCAGUGACUGCUCCAGUAACCCCACAUCCACCUUUGGUUAGAAAAAUUUCAAGAAAUAUUUCAAGUAGCCAAAUUGUUUCAUCACCAGUUUCAUCUACCUUAAAUAAUAGCUCCACCACUACUGCAAGCUCUUCUCCAUCAGUUUCUGUUACACCAGUCAACUCAACAAUAUCAUCAAACAUUACCCCAACUCCAUCAGCUAAACCUCCUUUAAGACACAAUUUAUCACAAGCCUCAAUUACCCCAAAACCAGCUCCUGUUUCUUCAUUUACUAAACCACCAUCGCAUUCCUCUUUGAGUCUCUCCACCCCACAAUCAAGUAAUAGUGGUAAUACUGCAACCUCGCCAUCAUCAACCUCCACCACAACCUCACCAUCGUCAACUUCACCAACCUCAACACCUCAACACCCAAUUUCACCACCAAUUUUAAAACCUUCAAGAGCAUUACCACCAAAACCAGCUAAUAUUACAUCAAAUCCAUCAUCAUCAUCAACAACCUCAUCACCAAUACCAUCACCAUCAUCAUCAAUUAUUAAACCCUCUACAGCUAAAGCAUUACCCGCCUUACCAACACAAUCAUCGUCCGCAACUACUCCAGGAUCAACACUUAAAUUUAAUUCUGUUGCAAAUAAAACUAUUGGUCAAUCUAGUACAUUACCAGCAUCAACAUUUAAAUCCACAGGCAGUUCAACAUCACCAUCAGGUUCGACAAGCGUUCCAAACAGCACAACAACAUCACCAUCCUCCAGCUUUUUAUUAAGACCAACAGGCGGUAAUUUUAAAAAAUUACCAGCAUUACCAAAUCAAAAAUAA